AAACCACACAGGCUCAGCCCAGGAGAUAAAAAGGAAAUCGGAGAGGCAGUUCUUCCUUUUGCAGAUACAGUCAACUCUCCCGCAGAACUACAGAGCCCAAACCUUGUUACUCGGCUUUAUGUGGAAUACGGGCCCCAGAAAAGGACGUGUGAAUGCAGCAGGCUUUUCCACCUCAGGCAACAUCAUAUGACACCAACUGGAUGGUAAAAAUCAAUCGAUCAAAAUAAUCAAAGAACCAGGACAAGAAAAGAGCCAAAGCUGGUGACAUUGGACAGAUCUACCUUUGAGAAGUGCCUGUACAGUUCUGAACAUUUCGAAGCACUUUGCUAGCAGGCCAACUUCAUCACCUCUUGUGAGGCAGUGUUGCCAGUUGCCAUGGGGGAUUCUGCCAUGGACUCCACUCUCCCUAUUCCUGAGAGCGCUGUCCCGGAGGGCGCACUCUUCAGCAUGACCGAUGUGUUCCUCUUCUCACUCAUCGUUGGCCUCCUUUCUUAUUGGUUCCUCUUCCGCAAGAAAAAGGAAGAAAUCCCUGAAUUCACCAAAAUCCAGCCAGUAACAUCCUCGGUGAGGGAGACCAGCUUCGUUGAGAAGAUGAAGAAAACGGGGCGAAACAUCGUGGUGUUUUAUGGUUCCCAGACUGGUACAGCAGAGGAGUUUUCCAACCGCCUUUCCAAAGAUGCCCAUCGGUACGGCAUGCGAGGCAUGUCAGCGGACCCCGAGGAGUACGAUAUGUCUGAUCUGAGCCGCCUCUCUGAGAUUGACAAUUCCUUGGCCGUGUUCUGCAUGGCUACGUACGGAGAGGGUGAUCCCACAGACAAUGCCCAGGAUUUCUAUGACUGGCUGCAGGAGACUGAUACUGACCUGACUGGUCUCAAAUUUGCAGUUUUUGGGCUGGGCAACAAGACUUACGAGCACUUCAACGCAAUGGGGAAAUACGUGGACAAGAGGCUGGAGCAGCUUGGAGCCCAGCGGAUAUUUGAGCUCGGCAUGGGAGAUGAUGAUGGGAACCUGGAAGAAGACUUCAUCACUUGGCGUGAGCAGUUCUGGCCGGCAGUGUGCGAGCACUUUGGCGUGGAAGCUACCGGAGAGGAGUCCAGCAUCCGUCAGUAUGAGCUGGUGGUCCACACAGACAUCAAUAUGAACAAGGUCUACACUGGCGAGAUGGGCCGGCUGAAGAGCUAUGAAAGCCAGAAACCCCCGUUCGAUGCAAAGAACCCUUUCCUGGCACCUGUUAUCCUGAACCGAAAGCUGAACCAGGGCGGAGAGAGGCACCUCAUGCACUUGGAAUUGGACAUUUCUGGCUCCAAAAUCAGGUAUGAGUCUGGGGACCAUGUUGCUGUGUACCCAGCUAACGACACAUCACUAGUGAACCAGAUCGGCGAGAUUCUGGGCGCAGACCUGGAUAUGAUCAUGUCCUUAAACAACCUGGAUGAGGAAUCCAAUAAGAAGCAUCCGUUCCCCUGCCCCACCACGUACCGGACAGCCCUGACCUAUUAUCUGGACAUCACCAACCCACCGCGCACCAACGUCCUGUACGAGCUGGCUCAGUAUGCCACAGACCCCAACGAGCAGGAGCACCUCCGCAAGAUGGCGUCUUCCGCUGCUGAGGGCAAGACGCUGUACCUCAGCUGGGUUGUGGAGGCCAGAAGGAACAUACUAGCCAUCCUGCAGGAUGUAUCUUCUCUCCGACCUCCCAUCGACCACCUCUGUGAGCUGCUGCCUCGCCUGCAGGCCCGUUACUACUCGAUUGCCUCCUCUUCCAAGGUUCACCCUCACUCCAUCCACAUCUGUGCUGUGGUUGUGGAAUACGAGACCAAGUUAGGCCGGGUGAACAAAGGAGUGGCCACUACCUGGCUGAAGAACAAGGUGCCCAAUGAAAACGGGCACAAGUUGACGGUGCCCAUGUACGUCAGGAAGUCACAGUUCCGGUUGCCUUUCAAAUCCAGCACGCCCGUCGUCAUGAUCGGGCCCGGGACUGGGAUCGCCCCGUUCGUUGGCUUCGUUCAGGAGCGGGCCUGGCUGAAGCAGCAAGGGAAGGCCGUUGGCGAGACGGUGCUGUACUAUGGCUGUCGCCAUGAGAACGAGGACUACCUGUACCGAGAGGAGCUUGCCCAGUUCCACAAGGAGGGAGCCCUCACCCAGCUCAACGUCGCCUUCUCCCGGGACCAGGCCCAGAAGGUCUACGUUCAGCACUUGCUGAAGAAGAACAAGGCGGGGGUCUGGAAGCUCAUCCACGAGGGGAACGCUCACAUCUAUGUAUGCGGUGACGCUCGCAACAUGGCGCGGGACGUGCAGAACGCCUUCUACGAAAUCGUGGCCGAGUUCGGCAGCAUGACCCAGCCCCAGGCCGUGGACUAUGUAAAGAAACUGAUGACCAAGGGCCGCUACUCCCUGGAUGUCUGGAGCUAAGCCGGGCUCCCGGGCUGGAAAGAGGAAGGAUUCCCAGACGGCUGCUGAACAGGAGACAAACGGCCCCUGCCCCAGCCAUUGCAAGAACGUGCCAUGAAACUAAACUAAACCUUAGAUCCCCUUACCUGGUAAUCGCCCUUCUAUACCCACCUCCCCCUCCGCUAGACAGCUCUUGAGAGCCCUGCGAAGGGCGGGGCAGGAACUGUUGGAACCCCCCUGGGUUUUCUGGAGGGAGACGCAUCUCCACUGAGAUGGACGGGCUCGCCCCAGGAACCAACAGAAGCCAGGGCUUGAUGAACUGCUCCUGGGUUCCCCUCUCCUGCGGCGCAGGGCAAGGCCGGUUAACUGGCAGGGCUGCCCGCUCUGCUUUGCUGUCUGUGCAGCAAACCGUCUGCAGGACGCUCACUCCCUCCUCUCUCUGGAGCCGCUUCGUGCUCCUGUGGAAACUGUGACAUGGGGGCAAGGGGCUGCCCUUCCUGUACCCAGCCCCUGGCUUCCAGCCUACCCCCUCUGGGCCCAGUCGCAUAGACCCCAAUGCCCCCUUCUCUCCCAGGGAGCUGCCUUGGUUUUUAACCCGUUCUUUGGGGACAAUCUGGUGCAAGCAGAGCUACGCCCCCUGGCUGCUGCACGUGGGAGCCCAGUGCUGAGAGGGUCUAGCUCCCUUGCAGGGCAUCAGAAGGUCUCCACUGGCAGAGGCCAGGAUGCUGAGUCUGUGUCUCUCUUGCCCCACGAGACUUCCAGCACUCGCUGCUUGCUGGUCGUUUCGUGGGCAGAGCAGGUCCUGUCCUGCUGGCACUUGGCUUGAGCAAGAGGGCUGGGGUGUGCCCCCUCUUGCUGUGAUGGGGCAGCCUGCAGCCUUGCCCACCUUUGAAAUUCUCCUGUGGUCUGAAACCAGCCCUGGCCACCUGAGAGCCUGCGCCGCCUACCCUGGCCUCAGUGUGUGCCAGGCAACACCCAGGACAAGCCCCUGCUGGUGUAAACUCCUGCCCAGCCUGUGCUUGGAGGCCUCUCUGGUCCGGCUAGAGACCCGUUAGCACCUAGGGAGAGCUGUGACAGUCCUGCUCUGCUGCGAGGCUUGCCCCAGCCCUGGCCCUGGCCCCACAGGCCCUAGCAGUAAGUUGGCUGGUGGGGGUGGGGAGCUGGAGCCAGGGCUGCCUCCCAGCAGCUUAAUGCUCAAGUCUCAGCAAAUUGGGGACUCGCUUUGUAAGGUCCCAGCCCAGUGACAGAAAAUCCCUCUGGAAGCCUGGGCCCUGGAAGGGGGAGGAUGGCUCCCUCCUGAGCAGUCACUAACCUCCCUGGCCUGGGGUUUGUCUCUUAUGUAGCCACUGCUGCGAUGCCACCAGGUCAGGGACUUAGCGGCAGCGCUUGCCUCCACUGAACCUUGUUUCCUUAGUCAGAGGGGACAGGAGAUGGCCAGAGCCUCCUCCUGUGAAAAGGGGGGAGUAAUUCCAGCUACUGGCCUGCAGGGAGCCUCAUGUGCAGCUGUAGUCAGCCCAGGGGAGCAGGGAGGAGAACUGGGUCCCACCUGGUUAGUUACAUGAACUGAACCCCCCCUUUUCAGCUUCUCCAGGCCCAGUUUUGGUAUCUGUGUUUUAUGUUCACCCCUGCUUGAGAUCUGCUCAUGGAAAAGCUCUCUCAGCCUGUCCCAUGAAUGUAAAUACUUUAAAUAUACUGUCCCCUUGGAAUAAAACAGGGUCUUUAUUU